AAAAAAGGCCGAACGCAAAGAAUGUCAUGUCAUCAGCCUCAACUCCAACUUCGCAAACUAAGACAUACAGACGACCGAGAUACCACCACCUCCAUCUCCAUACGCCAGCGUCGUCCCAUCAACCAAAAAUUAACCCCACAACUUGUUCAUCCAUCCAUCGUUCCCUGACGUCCUAUCUACCUACCAUAGUAUUAUCCAUAGCCGAGCUUCGCCACUCUCUUUCUCCUCUUGACAACCUUGAACCCACCUCGUCCAAGGAGCGAAAUAUUGACCGAAAAUGGUCAGCCCCGUCGGAACUUUCUUCAUCGUUCUGUUCGUGCUGGUGAUCGCCGGUGCUAUCGGCUGGAUCGUCUUCACACAGCUGCGCGCACGCCGUUUAGGUCUUCCCGCCCCACCCUUUACCUCGUACAUACCCUUCGCGCGCUCCGCGCCCCCCUCGUACGGACCUCCGCAACCAGCGCCCGGCGGCAUUCGCGGAUGGUUCAACGACAAGAUGCGCGCGCUGCGCAGCAGCGGCGGGGGCGGUAGCCGAUCUGCAGCGGGGGCCUACGAGCGGCCGUCCCGCCGGGGCUUCGGCCCCCUCGACCCCGACGAGGCCUGGGACGCGCGCGUCGGCCACGAAGCCGAUGGGUAUGGCUAUGGCUACGAGGAGCAGGAGCUCGGGCUACGCGGACAACAGCCACAGCGCCAGCCCGCUCAAAAUAACGACACAGGCUACAGCGGCGGCUACAGCAACAUAAAUCUCGGGCUCGACGAGCGACGAGGCCGCACCAUGAACCGCGACUCGGACCUAGGCUUCGGUGGUAGUGGUGGGGUCGGUCUCGGCUUAAACGGAGCCGCGACGAACAACAACAGCCACCGCAACCCGUUCGACGACGAGGCCGAGCCCAGCAACAUCAGCCUGCGCGGCGUCAGCCCCCGGCCCAUCGACACGAGCGUGGGCGGCGGACGAGCCGUCGGCAAGCCGAAGGGGGUCACGCGCGACAGCCCGACGUCGGAGCGCAGAUCGAUCUUUAGGGAGGAGGUCUAGGAUGCUUAGGGCCUUUGUUCGGGUUUCUGCGCUGGCGUGUUGUCUUCUUGGGGGGUUUGGGGUUGGGAGGUAUUUUCUCUUUUUGGGUUUGCGAACGUAAUGGUAUGGAGUUACAGUAAUGUAUGAGAAAACCUCUCCCCUUCUCUCAAAGCAAAGCACACGAGAGUG